GAGAAAUGGUAGAAAUGGGCGGGGUUUAUGACUUUGUGGCUGUAGUAACUAGUGACGGAGGACCAUUGAAAUAACAAAAUGGAGGAAUACGCACGGGAGCCAUGUCCGUGGAGAAUUGUGGACGACUGUGGAGGUGCUUUCACCAUGGGGGCCAUUGGAGGAGGGAUCUUCCAGGCAGUCAAGGGCUUCAGAAAUUCACCUUCAGGGAUGAGCCACCGAUUGAAAGGUAGCAUGACUGCCAUCAAAACCAGAGCCCCACAGUUGGGGGGUAGCUUUGCAGUAUGGGGAGGACUCUUCUCCAUGAUUGACUGUGGGUUGGUAAAGGUAAGGGAGAAAGAGGACCCCUGGAACUCCAUCACAAGCGGGGCCAUGACUGGAGCUAUCCUCGCAGCAAGAAAUGGACCUGUGGCCAUGGUGGGCUCUGCAGCAAUGGGAGGUAUACUGCUGGCGUUGAUAGAGGGUGCUGGGAUCCUGCUCACUAGAUUUGCUUCAUCACAGUUCCCAACUGGUCCCCAGUUUGCUGAGGAGCCAGCCCCCAUGCCUGCCCCUUCCUUUGGAGGAGACUACAGACAGUACCAGUGAGAGGUCCCUCUCAGUCUCUAGGCCUUUUUGAAUUCCUUGCUGAAGUUACACUGGGGAAAUGGAGGACAAAUACUACACAAUACGCACUUGCACCUAACAUUAUGGACUGGGUCAGAACUAAAUGGCAAAUUCACCCCCCCCCCGGAGCCUGUACAGAUUUGCCUUUUACCAUCCUCAGCCUUGUCAGUUGUGCGUAGUUCACCCUACAUUGGUUAAAAUAUCUGAACUGGAGACGAGGGAAAAGUUUGUGGUUGGUACAAUCAUACAUGCAUGUAAUACCCUACCCUGCAAGUGUGCCAGAUACACUGGAGCUGAUGUUGAGCCAAGGGCACUGCCAUGGUUAUGUCAAUAUCAAGUCAAAGAUGGACUCUUCCAAACUUGUAUCAUGUUUUUCGUAUGUGUGUAUAUAUAGGCUUUCCUGCAUGCAUUUGACAUGUUUUGCUUAUUUGCCUUGUUGUUCAUCAUAUCCUGUGCUUGUGCUCGCCAUUUUAUAAAUUUAAAAUGUAAGUGGGCAUUUUAUGAAUUGCCUUUAUUGAAUGGUAUAAAAGGCAAACAAUUCAUUAUGCUGUCCCUGAAAUCUUAAGUUUUAUAGUGACUUAUUUAUUUUUUUAGUAGUUGAUAAUUAUAUGCUUUUAUAAAUUUACACCGAGGCACAAAUUACUGCUGGCAAAUGAUAUUUGAGACAGAAGGAUGAUGAACAGGACAAACCUCACCAAUUACUCAAUGGUCCUCAUGCAAGGGGUUGAUACAACGUAUCUGUAUGACAGAUUGAAUUAAACAAGAAUAAAAUUGGUCAAAUACAA